UUUUUUGUCCUAUGCAUUUUCAGCCUACAUAUUUGAGAAGAGUUGCGGAUCUAAAGCCCUAACUCUGCAAUUGUGAUUGCGAAAAUGGAGGGAGCACAAAGUCAACCUCACCCUUACGUUCCGAGAGAUCUGAAUCUGCCCGAUUACGUGCCUGUUGUCCUUUCCCAGUCAACCAUUGUUGGAGUCUAUGGCCUCUCUUCACUGCUUAUUGUCUUCCUCGUCUGGCUACUUUCAGGUCGGUUAUCAAGAGCAAGAAAGCUUGAUAGAGUGCUCAUGUGCUGGUGGGUUUUCACAGGCCUGACCCAUAUGAUUCUUGAGGGUUACUUUGUUUUCUCUCCGGAAUUCUACAAGGAUAAGACUGCAUGUUACUUGGCAGAAGUUUGGAAAGAAUACAGCAAAGGUGAUUCGAGAUAUGCGGGUAGGGAUUCUGGAGUUGUUUCUGUUGAAGGAAUCACUGCUGUUUUAGAGGGUCCAGCCUGCCUUCUCGCAGUGUACGCUAUAGCCACAAGAAAGUCGUACAGCUAUGUACUUCAAUUGGCCAUCUCUUUGGGGCAACUUUAUGGAACCGCUGUAUAUUUUAUAACUUCUUACUUGGAAGGGGAUAAUUUUGCUACAAGCACGUAUUACUAUUAUGCAUACUACAUUGUAGCAAAUGCUUCUUGGGUUGUAAUACCCACACUUAUAAGCAUCAGGUGCUGGAAGAAGAUAUGUGCAGCAUUUCAGGUCCAAGACCAGAAAAAGGCCAAAAUUCGCUAAGAUAAAAUUUAGGCUGCAUUUUCUUAUUUUUUGUGUCUUGAUUUAUGAUUUUCAUUCGAUUUUUCCUGGAAUGCAUGAUCCAGUGACAAUAAUUUUACAUUUUGGAAAACAAUUUAUUUGACCAUUUCUUUACCUUAUAUUUUUUAAUAGAAGGAUGAUUAAUAUUAUUGAGUUUAA